CUUUUGUAAAUUGUAGCGCAUUCGAAUCCCAACUCUACCUGAUCUAUUUCUAAUCAUCAGUCUCUUUUAAUCUCAUGGUUUUUUGAUUUCUGAAUAUUGUCAACUGCCUACUCUAUUAAAUAUAACUUCACUCGCUCCUCACACCUACAGUACUCAAGGUACCUUCCAGUCAAACACCUAAGAGCUAACGUUACAAGUUCGUCAACUUUCAUAAUGGGUUUGUUAAGUCUCUUAAGAAGAUUAAAGUCGAAACCAGAACAGGAAAUAAGGAUUCUUCUCCUUGGUCUAGAUAAUGCAGGAAAGACAACUUUACUGAAACAUUUAGCUUCCGAAGACAUUUCUCAAACAACACCUACCCAAGGGUUUAAUAUCAAAAGUGUCCAGUCUCAGGGAUUUAAACUGAAUGUCUGGGAUAUUGGAGGACAGCGAAAAAUUCGCCCAUAUUGGAAGAACUACUUUGAAAAUACAGAUAUAUUGAUUUAUGUCAUCGACAGUUCAGAUAAAAAGCGUUUUGAGGAGACUGGAGAAGAACUGUUGGAACUUUUAUCAGAAGAUAAAUUAGCUGGAGUUCCUUUGAUUGUGUUUGCCAAUAAACAGGAUUUACUCACUGCUGAACCAGCAAAUAAAAUAUCAGAUGGACUUGGACUAUUAACUAUUCGGGAUAGACCAUGGCAAAUUCAAGGUUGUUCAGCUCUAACUGGCAAUGGUAUACAAGAAGGAAUAGAAUGGGUCAUUAAAUCUGUGAAUAGUCGUUUAAAAAUGAAAUAGACAUUUGUAUGUAUGUAUGUAUGUAUGUAUGUGUAUAUAUAGUUAAACAAAUUUGAAAUGAAUCGCUGUUUUAAA